GCCAGACGGCGGUAGGGCCCGGCCGCGCUGAGGCCGCGGCGGGCAGCGGGGUGCGGUAGUGGAGGCCUGCGCCGGGCAGGAGGAGAAGCCGACAUGUGGCCGCCGCCGCUGCCCUGGCUGCUGGCGGGGCUGGUGCUAGCUGCCCGUUGCGGGGAGGCUGCGGCGGCGGCCCUUCACCUCCGGAGUGCCACCAUCGCCUCACCGCUCCCCACCGAGGUUGCCGGCGGGGCCGCCACACGAAGCAGCAGCAGCAGUCGCCUGGCCGAGGUGUCGGCGCCUCCCGAGCAGGGCCGGCCCAUGACCCAGCGCGCCCUGUCCGUGCUAGUGCUGGCCAGCGCUGCCCUCAUCGUCUACUUCGUAAUCCGGACCGUGCGGCUCAGAAGGCGAAGCAGAAAAACCCGAAGGUACGGCGUUUUGGAUACAAACAUAGAAAACAUGGAACUGACCCCGUUAGAGCAAGAUGAUGAUGAUGGUGAUACAACACUAUUUGAUGCCAAUCAUCCUCGAAGUUGGAGAAGGGAUGUCAAGAUCACUUGAAUUUUAAAUGGGCAAGAAUUUAGUGGGCAAGAAGAUAAACACCAUUUGUCUUCAGCAUGUGAGUUCCAGAGAAAUGGAGAGGAAGGUAGGAUAUUUUUGUUAAAAAUUUGGUGUCAUGACUGAAGCUUGUGUUGAAGUCAACAACUAGCGUUUACCUUUCUCUACAUUUUUUUUUUAUUUGCAUA